CAGCACGGUAAUUCUACGCGAGACUUGAUCGUAGCAGAUCAUGCUGUUUUUGCGGAAAUAAUCAAAGAUAGGCAGCAUUGGGAUACGGUCUAACAGUAUAGAACUGACAUUUUAUACACAGUGAGUCUUAACGCUUGUCGUUUUUUUUUUCAUUUUUUUGUUACCUUUUAAAAUUGUGCAGAGACGAAAUUUGUUUCGGUCAAUGUUUGUAUAAUGUUCAGCAUAAGGUCGAACUUACACAAAUUGUAUGCUUAGGUGAACGGCCACAACCAGGAAAAGGGAAGUAGAUUAAAGAGAAGGGGACUUCACAUGCUGGAAUUUGUCAGUACAGUGACGUAUAUGUGUUUAGGGGAGCGUAAAUUACCUGUAGGGUACUUUCCGCUAGCUUAGGUACCGAGUCAUUUUACUAGGCCACCAACGCAACAGUAUUUAUAGAUAUAGAAUAGCACGACAUAGCGGUUAUAGUGUGUACAAACGAAAAACGCCAGUCACGAGAAAAGUAUUCAUUUGUUUCGCACUUAAAUGGAAGAUGUGCAUUGUUUUAAUGAAGCCUACAUGUUAAAGUUAUUGUUUGCUUUGUCUCGCUUUAAUUGUUCAAAUGAGUGCUAUAUCGACGCUUUUUAAAUACCAUAAGUCCAUUUCUCCAUUCCAUUGGCAAACACUUGAGCAUAGGGGGAUUUUAUCCGUUGCUCCACGCCGCAAUCAAUUGGUAUAUAAAGCUGAGUUUAACCAUUAACUAGGUCACAGACAGUGCGUCAAAACAAUAUAUGCUUCUUAAAGUUCGGUUAAUAUAAAAGAAUUGCAUACAGACAUUUUAGGCACAAUUGCAUUAUUAGUACACUCUUAAACAGCAAAAGUAAUAAUAAGCUACACGAAAUGGAAGAACUACAGCAAGAACCAAUACAAGUCAACAUUAUUGUAAAUAGACAUGAUAACAGAUCUACCGGCGUACACAUAGAACGAACAGAUCAGGUUGUUCAUAACGUUGAGCAGUCGACCGUGACAUCGACACCACCACUGAUAAAAGACGUGGAAUCCAACCAAGGAUCUUACUCGGGAUUUCUACAGAGCGAUGUUACGUCACGAAAACCGACAUUCGAAGAAAUGUUUUCUCCAGGCAUUGUUGAACUACUGGAAGACCGUAAAUACAGCGAAGCAUAUUGCGUAUCUCGAAAACGGAUGAAAAUCGACUCGGCUUUUAUCGGACCCCGGGAUCUUACGAUACAUUACGUGUGUUGUAUAUUGGUUGAAGAAUCUAACGAAGCGAUUCAAAUCAGAGAACAAUUGAAGACGACAAUUCAACAAAGAUCCGAAUUCACGGCAGCGAAGAUUAAAACACAUGCGGACGUUCUGGUAAGCAAAGGCAAAGUUAUGGAGGCUAUUUUGUUUUACCAAAUCGCUGCCGAGUUUUACGGAACUGAUUCGAAAGCAGCUUUAGUUGCAAUAACCAGUUGCGUGUUGGGAAUGAAAGAGUCCAUUGUGGGGAUUCUGCAAAAGAAUGAGCCAGAAAUAAAAGGCCUUAUUCAAACACAUGUGAUCCCGCUUAUGCGUGACAUGCGAGACCUGAUUCAGCGGUCGAAUGACGUCAGUGAGGGGGACCGCUGUUUGGAGGAAGUCCAUUGUUUACAUUAUAUUGAAUGCAGUGAGAGCUUUAUUGGGGCGAUGAGUCAACAAGAAAGUACCGUGAAUGAAGCAAUGUCUGCAAUGGAGAGGGUGUUCCAAGAGAAAGCUGAAACGUACGCAAUAUAUGGCCACUUACUGCACAGCCUCGGCAAUAACUACCUCCUUACCUCUCGGCCAAACGCAGCUCAUAAAUGCUUUGCCAAAGCUAUCCAAACUUACGAGACGGCCGAAGAUAUCAGCGCUGGUGAACGAAUUCAAGAAAUUCGUGCAAGUAAAAAGAAGCUGGACAAAGCACAGCGACGCUGUAGGUCAGAAUGAAACAAUAGGUUGAAGUUGUUUAACUGUUACGUCACCACAAAACAACAUUGUUAUGUCAUUAAAUGUAUGAUUUGUAAAAUACUCGUUAUUGUUACGUUGAGCUGUUCUAUCCUAUUUUAUUUUAUGGCUAAGGCCCAACGGUGUAACACGUCAUGGGUCUUGGGAUUUAUACGCCAAGUUGGCACAUUACUGCUGGGUUUAUUCGAUGUUGGUUUUUACUGCGUAUACUUGAUGUUGUUACUGUUUCAUAAAUUAUAAAUUAAUCAAACUGCAGAACAAAUAAAUUUUGAUAAUCUGCCUAAACAGA